ACUGAGAUGCUUUCACCUGUUACAGGGCAGAAUAGCUCUGGACUGUAAAGUGUGUAGUAUCAGUAUGGAGUUACUACCUAGUAGAUGUUUUGUUUGGAUUUGACUGUCAGUCUGACAGAAGCGGAGGUCCUUGAUCGAUGGCCAGUUUGGAAAGAAAUAACAGAAUUCUGCUCGAUUUGGUGCAACAGCCGGGUAACAACUUGUGUGCUGACUGUGGAGCUCCUGACCCUGACUGGGCGUCUUACACUCUCGGUGUCUUUGUGUGCCUGAACUGCUCAGGGAUGCAUCGUAAUCUGCCCUCAGUCAGCAGAAUGAAAUCCAUACGGCUGGAUCACUGGGAAGAUUCACUAGUAGAGUUCAUGCAAGAGAGGGGAAACUCUGCAGCCAAAGCUAUUUAUGAGAAAUGCAUCCCCGUCUUUUACUACCAGCCACAACAGAAUGACUGUGCUGUACUUAGGGAUCAGUGGAUACAUGCUAAGUACGAAAGAGAGGAGUUCACAGGAGAAAACAUGUACUUUCAAAAAGUUUAUAGUGCAGAACUGUUUGAGGCAAUGCUAUGGAAGAAAGGCAAAGACAACAAGCAGUUCCUUAAAUGUACCUUCUUGCUGUCGCAGAAAGACUUCACCCUCAGAUACUUCAAAGAGGAUUCCAAGGUUCCCAAAGCUGUUAUCAGUAUGAAGGAUCUGAAUGCAGUUUUCCAGCCUGAGAAGAUUGGUCAUGCUAAUGGUUUGCAGAUCUGUUAUGUGGAGGAUGAACGCUCGAGGAACCUUUUUGUGUACCAUGAGAAUGGGCAGGUGAUUGUGUCCUUUUUCAAUGCUAUUCGGGCAACGCGCUUGGCAUACCUCCUGAAGAAAAACCCCAGUCUACAAGAAAAAGAUUUAAUCCAUCAGCUAACAACACACUGCCUGAAGGAGGGGUACAUGGAGAAAACUGGUCCAACGCAACGGGAGCCAUUCAAGAAGAGGUGGUUCACACUGUGUUCAUUGAACAGAAAACUUCUAUAUUUUAAAUCCCCGCUGGAUGCGACAGAGCUGGGCUCCGUCUUCAUCGGCACGGAGAGCCACGGCUACUCUGUUUCAGAGAGCAGCAGCCGCAGCACGAGAGGAGGCCGGUGGCGCUGUGGGAUCAUGCUGGAGACUCCGGAGAGACAGUUUGUGUUUAUGUGUGAGCUGGAGCAGGAGCAGGACGAGUGGAUAGUGGCUUUCAAAAAGGUCAUCUCUCAACCCAUGACACCAGAAGACUAUGCUAAUGAGGCCAACUUGAGGAGAGGAAAAUGAAGGGAACAGUUUUACAGGCUGGUUUGCAAGGAAAUCUAAGUACCCAGACUUGAAGCAUUUCUCCAAAGAGAUGUACCCGAAGCUGUCAGUGUGGCUAAAAAAAAAAUGCAUACAGGACUGCCUGGCACCCCAGACCAACAAUCGACUCUAACACUUAUUGUCUACCAUCUGGAGAAGCUACCGUCACUGCUUAAAUGUUGUUUCUCUAUAAGAUCCCUGCACAUUAAAAGAAGUGUCUCCUGAUUUUGCUGCACU